UGCCCUCUGCUGCGACACAACAAAAUUAAGUUUACGGACAAUUAUUUUGUCGCAAUAAAAAUAUACAUUUUGGACACUUAAAUCUUACAGAAAUAUAUAAAAACAAUGUUUGUCGUUUGAAAUAUACAACACACUAAUGAAUUUCAGUGAAGUUGGAACUACACUUUGUAUUCCAAUAAAAUCAUUAUUGUCCAGAGGUUGAUAUCUAUGCAUUACAAGGAUCUAAAUGCCACCAUCUAAAAGCAAAUCGAAAAUCGCUAAAAUCAAAUUCAAAAUAUGAAUCCAUCCGAGUUGAGAAUGAUGUGGAUGAGUCAAUACAAUCCCAAUGAACGUAUAACUCUCGAGGAUAAUGCAUCAUUUUUCAAUCCAAAUAUUGGUCUGUCCGUAAUGGAAGAUAUAAAUCAACAACAACACCAGCAGCAACAACAAGCAAUGGAUGUCAAUUCAAUGAUGAACAUAGUUGGGGGGGAUUUCAAUAAUCAGGCAGCAGUUGCUGCAGCUGCAGUGGCAGCAUCAUCUGCAGCACUUGGUUUACAACCCACCACACUAUUGGCCACCAACACAAAUGAUAUUUACAAUUUUGCCCAAAUGGGCUUGCAUCAACAGCUGUUGCAACAAUCAGCAGCAGCAGUGUUUCAAAAUUACACAAAUAUCGAAGAUAUGGCUAGUGUUGUUUCGGGAGCAGCAACGACAGCAAAUUUUAACAAUGCAUUAAAUGUGGCAACGGCCUCAGCUGGUGGCGGAGGCAUUUUGGUAAACAGCAAUGGCAGACCCAUAACUACUGCUCAAUUCCUGGCGGCUGCUAAUACACAACAGGGUUCUCAGUCACAGACCCAACAACUGCAGUCGCAAAUGUACGAGGAUGCUGCUACUUGUGACUAUGGAGAUGAAUCCUCAGAACUUACUCCCAAAAAGGAAAUUAUCAACAUCGAUGAUUUUGUUAUGAUGACGGAUUCCAAUUCCUAUGAUGAAGAUGGUGAUUUCAUUAAUGACAAUGAUAAAUCAACAAGUGGUGGCAUUGAUAUUACCCAACCGCAUGGUGUCAACGACAAUGAUUUGUUGACAAUGUCCAUGAGUGGAAAACACAAACUGCUGAGUGAUGCUGCUGCCGCUGCAGCUGCAGGGAAUCGUAACGACAAUCAGGCAACAACUCCUACUACUGUUGGUGGUGGUGGUACUUCAAGUCUCCGUUCCCAGCGUAAGACACGUAAAAUUGAACCAGUUAAUCGACCAGGUUUAGUUUUAAAGACACCAAUUGCUUAUAAGGGCAAUAUUGAUCCAUCGGUUAUACCAAUACAAAAAGAUGGCAUGGCGGUUUGUGAACGAUGCGGAGCAAUAGGUGUCAAACAUACAUUCUAUACAAAAUCUCGUCGUUUUUGUAGUAUGGCAUGCGCCCGUGGUGAGCUGUAUUCUCUGGUGGUGAACAAGCAAGGAUUUACAACACAGCAGCAGCAACAGGCCAUUUUCAAUAUGGAAAAUAAUUUUAAUGAAAAUAAAAUGCAGCAGCAACAUGAACAGCAGCCAGCAGCAGGUGCCUCAGCAUCCACAGAAAGUGGUCAAACGAUGUUGGCAAACCAACAGGCCAAUGAUGUGGAAAUGGCUUUACGUGUGGCCCACAUAAAAAAUACCAAUUAUCGUUUUCGUAUUACCGACCAGUCGAAAAUCACUCAAAUCAAUGGCUUGGGAGAGCCAAUUAAUAACAACAAUAAUGAAACAACAAAUAACACUAUACCAGUAACAGCAUCCAACACCGCCACCACUGGCAAUUUAUUAGGUGUUGAUUCCAAGGCCACAACAGCAACAGCAAUUGGCACCAGCCAACCUACCUCACAACUGGCGGGAAAUUCCACAGUCAGUGGUGGCAUACAAUAUGCCACGGAUAGUGAUCAAUUAGCCGAAAUGACCGGCACCCCAAAAGCUUUACGUAUGUAUCAGGAUGUUAUGCCCCAAGAUGAAUUACCCCAAAUACCAAAAUAUGAUCGUCUUCCCACCCCCUGUCCACAAAUGGAAAAAAUCAUAAGUAUACGUAGAAAAUUAUACGAUCCCACACAUUCAUAUGAUUGGACCCCACGUUUGGGACGAGAAGAUUUCUAUGCAGCACCGGUGACAUGUUUUCAUCAUGCUCCUGGCUGUGAUGUGUGGGACAACUUGGGCAUCGAUAUGAAAGUCGAGGUCGAGAACACGGACUGUGAUCAAGUGGAGGUAAUACAACCUGGCCAGACGCCACACUCCUUUUGGGUGGCAACCAUUUUGGAUAUACAGGGCUACAAGGCUCUGAUGAGAUAUGAAGGUUUUGAUGAUGAAGCCAACGACUUUUGGGUUAACCUUUGUAAUUCGGAGGUGCAUGCGGUGGGUUGGUGUGCCACCAGGGGGAAACCUCUAAUACCUCCACGGUCUAUUGAAAAUAAAUAUAAAGAUUGGAAAGAUUUUCUGGUGACACGGCUAUCGGGAGCCCGUACAUUACCCUCAAGUUUCUACAACAAGGUCAACGAUAGUAUGCAGUCCCGCUUUCGUCUCGGUUUAAAUUUGGAAUGUGUAGACAAAGAUCGUAUAUCCCAGGUGCGAUUGGCCACAGUCACAAAAAUUGUGGGCAAACGUUUGUUUCUACGGUAUUUUGAUUCCGAUGAUGGUUUUUGGUGUCAUGAAGAUUCACCCAUAAUACAUCCGGUGGGAUGGGCCACCACGGUGGGGCAUAAUUUGGCAGCACCGCAAGACUAUUUGGAAAGGAUGUUGGCUGGCCGAGAUGCCAUGAUAGAGGUCCAUGAAGAUGAUGCCACAAUAGAGUUAUUCAAAAUGAAUUUCACCUUUGAGGAAUACUAUUUGGAGAAUAAAGCCAAAACAUUUGUGGAGGGCAUGAAACUGGAAGCUGUCGAUCCUCUAAAUCUAUCCUCUAUAUGUGUGGCCACGGUAAUGGCUGUCCUAAAGUUUGGCUAUAUGAUGAUACGCAUUGAUUCAUAUCAACCCGAUGCCACCGGGGCUGAUUGGUUCUGCUAUCAUGAAAAAUCACCAAAUAUAUUUCCCGUGGGCUUUUGUGUCACCAACAAUAUUACACUAACUCCACCCUAUGGUUAUACCGCUGCUAAUUUCACUUGGGAACAAUAUUUACGUGAUACCAAUUCUGUGCCAGCGGGUUCACAUUUGUUUCAUCGCACUGUGCCCGGUCAUGGUUUUGAGGUGGGUAUGAGUUUGGAGUGUGCCGAUCUAAUGGAUCCUCGAUUGGUGUGUGUAGCCACAGUUUCUCGUGUGGUUGGGCGCCUAUUGAAGAUCCAUUUUGAUGGGUGGACGGAUGAGUAUGACCAAUGGCUCGACUGUGAGUCAUCGGAUAUUUAUCCGGUGGGUUGGUGUGUUUUGGUGGGCCACAAACUUGAAGGACCUCCUGCCCCCGCCCCAGCACCGCCCAAAACAGCACCCAAGCCAAGGGUGCAAAAGAAACGCAAGAAAAGACCAGCUGCCUCAAACAAUAAAAACACCCACACAUCACCUAGUGAAAGCACAGCACCUCAAGUUAAAACUCGUACAAUACCCUUAAAGACAACACCCCAUCUCCCUAAGCUUAGUAUUAAAUUGGAAUUAAAACCGGAACAUCACAAUCCCGCCUUCUAUGAUCACAGCGCACACGAUGCCGCCGACGAUGAUGAAGAUGAUGAUUUAGAUGAAUACGAUGAAGAUACCAAUAGCAUGCUAUCAAAUCAAUCAUCAUCUCAUCUCAUGGACACAUCACAUGGCAGUGGCAGUGGUGCAGCAGCGACCACAUCAUCAUCGUCGUCGCUGCUAAUGAAUCCUGCUGCUGCGGCGGCAGCAGCUGCGGCCAAUAGUAGUGGUAUAGAGAAUAAAGUACGUAAGACCAACAAAUCGAAUUCGAUUAAAAAACCUCAAUCACCUGCACCGCCAAUUGCAACACGUAAAGCAACUAGUUAUAUUGGGAACUCCUCGGUGAGCAGUACCAAAUAUAUACCACGGCUCAGUGAUUGCAGUGACAGUGAUAACAAUGCCGAACUAAUGCCCGACACCUGGAAUGUCUACGAUGUUUCGCAGUUUUUACGUGUCAACGAUUGCACAGCCCAUUGUGAUACAUUUAGUCGGAAUAAAAUCGAUGGUAAGCGUCUGUUGCAGCUGUCGAAAGAUGAAAUCAUCACCCUGUUGGGUAUGAAAGUUGGACCUGCGUUAAAGAUAUACGAUCUAAUACAACAGCUGAAGUGUAAAGUGAAUCCGGGUAAAUCGAGAAUGCAUAAAAAUAAUAAAUAUUUAUAGUCCCACAUGAAUGAUGUUGUAAAUGAUAAUAGCAAUGCCAAUGUCCAUGUCGUCGCCGCCGCCACUAACGCCUCCUCCUAUUCCAUCAACAAUAAUGACAACAAUAUGAGUAGUAACCAUAUACACAUUACAACAAAUUGUAAUAACAAUUAUGAUGAUAAUAAUGUGAAUAAUUUUGAAAAUUCAGCAGCAGUAGCAUCUGGUACUACGACGACAACAGCCACAACACCACCAACAAUGAUAAAACUCAACUGGAAAUUAUUUAUAAAAUAAUUUGUUGCCGGUUUUUGAGUGACUUUCUUUUUCGGUCUCCUCUUUGGAGAGGAGUAGCAAUCGUUGUCAUGCCUCUCUCGUUUUAUUUCUUAAGUCUAAUGUUAAGCUUGUUUUUUUUUUCAUUUUCAUUUUCUUGAUAUUAAGAAAUUUUAAAAUUUAGCACCAUUCA